GGUAUCAAACCCAUGACCUUGGUGUCUACCAGUUGAGAUUUUGUUCGGAUCUGUGUUCUCCAUGUUCUCCAUGUUCUCUGGCAGAUGUACUUCAACUCCACCAUCUCAGACAGCACCAAGCUGCUGAAGCCGGUUCUGGUGUUUGCGUUCACCAUCGCCGCGGCGCUGACCGGGCUGACCCAGAUCACGCAGUACCGCAGCCAUCCCAUCGACGUCUACGCAGGGUUCUGCAUCGGGGCCGGCAUCGCCAUGUACCUGGCUUUCCAUGCUGUGGCCAACUUCAAACCCUCCGAAGACGCGGUGCCCCCCCCAGCGCCCCCGCCCCCCCCGAAGGACGCGCUGCGGGAGCUGGCCCAGCGCGGCCACGACUCCGUGUACCAGAAAGGCCACGCCUCCGAGAGCAACGAGGAGAUCACGUCUCCGGGGGUGACGGUGCUGGUCGCCGGCGAGAGCCUGAACCGGCCGCUGCAGCGCGAGAAGACCUCCCUGGGCAGCCUGAAGCGCGCCAGCGUCAACGUGGAGCUCCUGGCGCCCCGCAGCCCCAUGGGAAAGGAAACCAUGGUGACCUUCAGCAACACGCUGCCCCGCUCUGCUGCUGCCCACCCCGGCGGCGGCGGCCUGGAGGAGAUGCCAGCGCAGCGGAGGUUGGUGACGGUGCCCGUGCCCAUCCCCCUGCCCAUGGAGGCGCUGCACUCCCAGCAGCUGGUGUCGGAGUGGAAGCAGAAGUCCAUGGAGAUGCGUGGCAUCAGCCUGAGGGAGCAGCAGCAGCAGCAGGAGGAGGAGGAGGAGGAAGAGGAGGAGGAUGAAGAUGACGAGGAGGAGGGGAGCGAGGAAGGCUCGGAUGAGACCACCCCCACGGAGGAGGAGACGGCCACCUCCUUGCUCUACCCGUCCCUGCAGCACCCCGUCAGGGCCGGCAACCCUCCUGUGGGGGCCCGUGUGGUGCUGCCCCCCCGCCCGCCAGUGGUCCCCCAGCCCCCGCACCUGCCCCACCCCCACCUGCCCGCCGACGUGCCGAUGCGGCCCCCGCCCCCGCCGGUGUCGCCCAAGAGCGCCAGCACGCGCGCCAAGUGGCAGUCGCUGACGGAGAAGAGCGGGGCGUCUGUGCGGGCGCCGGGGCAACCGCGCCUCAUGCAGGUCAUCGCCAUGUCCAAGCAGCAGGGCCUCCUCUCGGGGUCCGCCUCCCCGCGCUCCUCCGAGACCGCCUCCUCCUCCUCCGUCACCUCCUCCUCCACUGGUGGCAACGACUCGCCCCCCUACCGCCUCCCCUCCGAGCGAGACUCCAUGUCGAUCGUCACCGUGGACGCGCACGCACCCCACCACCCUGUGGUCCAGGUCCCGAGCAACACAAACCCCUGGGAAUGGAGAGGGAACGUCGGGAAUGCUGCCGCCGCCACCUCUGAAUCCCGGGAAUCUUACGAGCUCAACGACCGCAACCGCAGCUACCGGGCAUCUAAGAGCGGCUCCGUGUCCAGUGACCAUCGCCAGGAGAUGCCACCACCGCUACCCGAGGUGCCUCUGGACGGCGGGCGCAGUCGCGAGAGUCUGAGGCGUAAGACUCCUCUGGUGGUGCUGGACCAGGGAGGCCCGGGCCACACGGAACAGGACCCCUACUACAGGAAGCUGCCCACAGGACACCGCUUUAAAGAGUGACAGGAGCUCAGCGGGGAUGUUUAUGCUACGUACACACACACACACAUGCACACUCAUACACACACACAUGCACACUCAUACACACACACAUGCACACACACA